GCAUCCGAUGUUUGCUAAACAGAUAGAUGGCUGCCCAGAGAAGUUAUUUGCGGCUAAUAUCCGCACAAAGCCAACAAAGAGAUCAUGGCGGCGGUGUUGCAGAGGCUCUCAAAAUGAGUCAGUCUCUGCAAGGCUCGCUGGCUCUCAACACAACUGAGACAUAGAUUUUAAAUGAAAAUGGAGGCUGGUGCAGACACACAGCAAAGUGGUGAAACAGCUGUCUCGGAGUCUGAGGUCCAGCAGAUCACCCUGGGUCAGGCGUCCAUAGCAGCUGGCCAGGUGACAUCCAGUAGUCCCACAGUCACUCUCGUGCAGUUACCCAACGGUCAGACAGUCCAAGUGCACGGGGUGAUCCAAGCUGCUCAGCCCUCUGUCAUCCAGUCCCCACAAGUCCAGACCGUACAGAUUUCAACUGUUGCUGAGAGCGAGGACUCUCAGGAGUCCGUAGACAGUGUGACAGAUUGCCAGAAGAGGAGAGAGAUUCUGUCCAGACGACCUUCCUAUAGGAAGAUUCUAAACGAUUUAUCGUCAGACGCUCCAGCAGUGCCUCGAAUUGAGGAGGAGAAAUCAGAGGACGACUCAGCCCCUGCCAUCACCACAGUCACCAUGCCCACUCCCAUCUAUCAGACCAGCAGUGGCCAGUACAUUGCAAUCACCCAGGGCGGGGCCAUCCAGCUGGCCAAUAACGGCACGGACGGAGUGCAGGGCCUGCAGACGCUGACAAUGGCCAACGCCGCUGCCACCCAGCCCGGCGCCACCAUCCUGCAGUACGCCCAGACCAGCGACGGGCAGCAGAUCCUAGUACCCAGCAAUCAAGUGGUUGUACAAGGUGUGGAACUAUUCCCACAUUUUGAUCUGCGUAGGCAUACUGAAGCUGCCUCCGGUGAUGUCCAGGCCUAUCAGAUCCGCACUGCCCCCACCAGCGCUAUCACUCCCGGAGUGGUCAUGGCGACAUCGCCUGCACUGGGCACAGGAGGAGGCACUGAGGAGGUCACACGCAAAAGGGAGGUCCGACUUAUGAAAAACAGGGAGGCAGCCCGCGAGUGUCGCAGGAAGAAGAAGGAGUACGUCAAGUGUCUGGAGAACCGCGUGGCCGUAUUGGAGAACCAGAACAAAACCCUCAUCGAGGAACUCAAAGCCCUUAAAGACUUAUACUGCCACAAAUCAGAGUAGAAACAUCACCGAACGCCUGCCAGGGGCUCGACAGGUGCCCGUCUGUCCCCAUGUACAGAGACUCAGCACAGAGCCAUGCAUCUGGAUGCCACUCCCCCCUUUUCUACUCUUCUGCUUUCUUUUUAAAAACUGCUGGAAAAAAAUCCUUAAAGUGACUCACCGGGAAUCGAAAACAAAAACACACACACCCUCCCACUUCAGCGAUUUGAAUUCUGUUCCCAUCAGUUUCCCAUCAAAGGAUGAAGCGACGUUCAGAGUGAAUGUGGAGGAGUACACACCGAUACAGGGUCAUGGUGGUGAAGUGACAGAACAGAUAACAAGGCUGUUCUUUUUUGUUUUGUUUUUGACGCCACCAAAGGGAAGCAUUCCAGUCACUGGUGCCUGGACAAACUGGGCAACAUCACCAGCAACGGGGAACUGCUCAAUUACCAUCACCAACAAUGACGGAACUUUAUACAGUUGGAUCUCCCUGGGACACUCGAAACAUUGGAGAGGUUACCCUUGUGUGCAACGUUUGUUAUUGUAACUGCGCUCUCGCAUUAACAUCUGUUACUAAUGCUUUGAACUGUAGAUGGGCUGUCAUGGACAUUUUAUCUUUUAGCUGUUUUGUUUUACUACGUAUUGGAUUAUCUGCUUGCAUAAUGCCAUUGACUCUUUUUUUUUUUUUUUUUUUUUUUUACUUUACUUUGCCUU